AUUUCCACCAUUUUUACCACCUCUGGCUUUACUUUGAAGAGUACAAGAAAUACCCCCCAGCAAAACUCUCUCAUUGGCUCCAACAUCCAAGAUCAAAUCAUCAAAUGGAACUCCUCAUCUCCAUCUCCACCAACCUCUAACUCCAUUAAGCCAUAUUCCCUCCAGAUCAGCCUCUUAUCCACCCUUCUUCAGCCCCAACUCGGUCAUUAAUUCUAUAUUUACGCCCAUAUUUAAUCUCAAAUCUCCUUGUCACCCAAAUCUCGCCCAUGAGAAAAUGCAGGGCCCCCAAUUACCCAAUACGUCCGAUACGAACAUCCCAGUCACCACCCCCUCCCUCCACCCUCCAUCCACCCCCCAGGUCCCUCUCUCUCUCCCUCCCAGAAGCUCAUUUCUUUCCCCAAUUCUACUCUUUGGUUGGUCCCUUCCCGCCACACCUUUGCCUUUUUGUCCCCUACCCUUCUUUCCCUUCCCUUCCCUCCCCCAAACCUCCAUCUCCAAACCUUCAUCCUUCAAUACCCAAAAAACACCACCACUCCUUUUGGUGUCUCUUCUUCGUGUUCUUUGCCCUUUUUAAUUUUUUUGAACAGCUUCAGCUUCUUACUUCCAAUCUCGUUCACCUUGUUAAAAUACGCAUACCUUUACACCUAUUCUUCUGCUCCCCGAAUAAACAGGUCCCUUUCCUUAACACACGCCCCCUGCAGCAGCCACACCAACAGCACAGCGAUCAAAAAAAAUCCCGAGCUCCACCGAACCUGUCGAUUUUCUCUCUCGCCCUUUGAGCUUCUAGAAGACCGUUUUUUCUUUGCUGCAAGGAGAGAUCCGCGGCUGCAUACAUACCUCUUGCCUACCAGCUUGUUUAGCUCGCAGCUAUCCCGAUUUCGAAAUCUAUCCGAAAGCUCAAACCUUCAACCCUGCGAAACGCUACGCUACGCUCUCUCGCCCCAAGAUAAACAACCCCCUUCGUGCGAUGGUCCGCUGAGACGCCUGUAUACAAUCUCGCUCGAAAGCAAUCAAACAUCGAACAUAUCGAAAACAAACCUCCCCUUUUUGCCUCCGCGUGGGCUAUAUACUUCAUAUCAACCUCAUUUUAUACGCCCCUGCUAUAAGCUAUAAUAUCUUUCAAUUCGAAUUGAUCUUGUCUUAAACAUAUAUUGGGCCAUCUACAACCUUCUCUUCAGAAGCUAUCAGUUUUACUACACACUUUCGUGCCUCACAAGGCACUUUAUCCUUCAACACGGCUGUAUUAUCACCACCGGUGCGGGACAACUUUGUCCUCCCACCUCAUCUUUUGGGUAUGCAGGAAACAGCAUCAACCAGCGCCAUGAACGGCCCAAACGCCAGGACUGCCUCCCGCUUCCCCGGCCAUGCCUCCAAACCAUCCCUCUCCGAGACGGGCUUCUCCCACGGCGCCUACAGCUCGAACCAGUUCUCCAUGGGCGGAUACGGCGACAGGCAUCCAAACCGUGCAGCGAACAUCCCUUCGAUCAACACGCAACCGCUAGGGCAGAACGGGGCUGAUGCCUCCACACCAGGGACCGCCUUCGACAUGCAGUUCACCCCAUUACUGCCGUCCCAGCUCCUCCUCGGAAGCCCCUUUCAACCGGGCUCCCCGGCCGCAUUUGCCAACCCGCAGUUCCAGAAUUUUGCCAACUUCAGCCAGCAGCAUAAUGGACAGCAGCAGCAGCAAAACGGCAUGGCCAGCCCCAUCCAGGGCCAGAUGUCACCACAACUUUACCAGGCCAUAGUUUCCCCGUCGACUUAUGGUGCUCCGCAGUUCUACGCCCCGCAGUCUCCGACUCAGGGAUACGCUGCUCUGGGGAACCAGAUGCAGCUACAGAUGCAAAUGCAGAUGCAGAUGCCGACUUCGCCGCAGCAGGCCCAGGGCAUCGCGGCCGGAACGAGCAGGACUGUCUAUCUUGGCAACAUCCCCCCUGAGACGUCCGCUGAGGAGAUUUUGGGUCAUGUCCGUAGUGGACAGAUUGAGUCCGUCAGACUCCUCCCAGACAAGAACUGCGCGUUCAUCUCCUUCUUGGAUGGUGCCUCUGCCACUCACUUCCACUCGGAUGCCAUCUUGAAGAAACUGGCUAUCCGCGGACAGGACAUCAAGAUCGGCUGGGGCAAGCCGUCCCAGGUCCCGACGUCUGUUGCACUCGCCGUGCAGCAGUCCGGCGCCUCGCGAAACGUUUACCUUGGUAAUCUGUCGGAAGACAUUACCGAGGAUGAGCUGCGCGAGGACCUGGGCAAGUUCGGCCCCAUCGAUACAGUCAAGAUUGUCCGUGAAAAGGCAAUCGGAUUCGUUCACUUCCUGUCUAUUGGAAAUGCAAUCAAGGCGGUCUCUCAGCUCCCACAGGAGCCGAAGUGGCAGGCUCCUCGCAAGGUCUACUACGGUAAGGACCGCUGCGCGUAUGUGUCCAAGACCCAGCAGCAGAACGCGGCGCAGUACCUUGGUAUUGCUCCUGGUUACGCCCAUGUCCUGAACGGCGCGGACCGUGAUCUGAUCUCCAACGCUCUAGCCCAGCAGUCCGUCGCAGCAGCCGCCGUUGCCACCACCGCCGGCGGCAUCAACAACCUCGGAAACCGCACCGUCUACCUCGGCAACAUCCACCCUGAGACCACCAUCGAAGAGAUCUGCAAUGUCGUCCGUGGCGGCCUCCUACACCACAUCCGCUACAUCCCCGACAAGCACAUCUGCUUCGUGACCUUCAUCGACCCCACCUCUGCGGCCUCCUUCUACGCCCUCAGCAACCUCCAAGGCCUGAUGAUCCACAACCGCCGCCUCAAGAUCGGGUGGGGCAAGCACUCCGGCGCCCUCCCCCCCGCCAUCGCCCUCGCCGUCAGCGGCGGCGCCUCGCGCAACGUCUACGUUGGCAACCUCGACGAGUCCUUCACCGAGGACCGUCUGCGUCAGGACUUCACCGAGUACGGCGAGAUUGAGCUCGUCAACACGCUGCGCGAGAAAUCGUGCGCGUUCGUCAACUUCACCAAUAUCGCUAAUGCUAUCAAAGCCAUCGAGGCCAUCCGCGGAAAGGAGGAUUACCGUCGCUUCAAAGUCAACUUCGGCAAAGACCGCUGCGGAAACCCACCACGCCAGCUCCAACAGCAAUCCCAGCAGCAGGCCCAGCCCAACCGCGCAGACGGCGUCAACUCCCCCGCCUCAGCAGGGCACCAGAGUAACUCCCAAAACGGCUCCAGCCCGACAAACUCCCAAGCCCCAACUACCUCCUUCCAGCCCGCCCAAGCCAACACCGCUAGCGCUGUCCUGAACGCGGGGAGCAAUAACCCGUUGACUAUGUACCUCAAUCAGAUGAGCCAGCAGCAGGCGGCGCAGCACGCGCAGCAUCAGCAUCAGCAGUCCCUCGAGGGCGCGCAGGCGACGUAUCAGCAGCAGAGACAGCAGGCGCUUGUGCAGCAGAUUUAUGGGAAUGGUGCAGGGGGGGAUAAUGGUGGCGAGAACAACAACAACCAGAAUGGGCAAGCAGACGGACUAGGAAUCCAAACACACUCGCAUGGCGGACAUCAGCAUUCUGCGUCUAUCUCCAACGGCUACGCAGCCCCUACCUCAAGCUCAACGACUGUAGGCGGUCUCCUCGCCCCUUCCAACGCGCGGAGCCAACACGCGAGAGCGGCAUCUCUCCCAUUCUUCGCGCAGGACUCCUCGAACCAGUCAACCACCUCCUCUAACGGCCUUGGCGUCAACGGCGGCGGUGGUGGGCAGGGUUUCGCAGGCAGGGGCCACGCGUAUCAAUCUUCCUUCUCGGGACUUGUGAGCGGGAUGGGGGGAUUGGGGUUUGGUAAUGCGGGGGGGAUGAGUGCGGGGAUGGGUGUUGUGGGGGGAGGUGCGGGUGGGGGUGGGGGGUAUGGACUUGCGCUCCAGGAGGGGGGGUUGAAUGGGUGGGCUGAGGAGGCUUCUUAGUCUGCUUUGGCUUGAUCUGUUGUGCCUUUUCGUCUGGCUGCGUGGUUGUCCGGCCUUUCAUCUGCUCUGACCUCCAUGUGAUGUGACGGUUGACGGUGAUGGAGAGGGAGUGGCUGAGAGUUGCGACGAGCGUUGUACCAACAUCGAUAAUCUAUCUUUUUUACUUUUUUACCUUUCUUUGCUUGUAUACUUUGGUUUUUACUGUUUUAAUAUCCUACUUUUUUUGCUGCUUGUUGCUGUCCUUUUGCAAACUAUUGUUUUUUUUGGGGUCGUUAUUUUUGACCCUAUCACACUGCUGCUCAUCUUACCUUACGGGCACGCCUACCUUUUUUUUGUUCUUGUUGUCCAUCGAUUGCUUUCGUGCUUACUUGUUUUUCGCGGUUGGAAUCUCGGGCGCUAUUUGCUUUACUGUUUUUUGCUGCGUCGCGCGCGCGUUGUGAUAUCAUCCCUGCUUUUUAGGUCUUAGGUCUUUUUUAAUCGCUAGUCUUUUUUGGAUCGAAGCCUAGUUUCAUUUGGAAAGGGACGCGAGAGGAACGAAAACGGGCUGGAUACGGGAGGGGAUGGAAGCUGGUGAGAUACGGAUGGACUGAAGAUGGAAGGAGAAGAGAGGGGAGAGAUAUAAUACCAUAUAAUAGAGCGACACCUACCCCCAGGGAGUGGGAGAGAGGGGAGAUGUAAUAUGAGAUAGGCGUGGGAUGUCAGGGCAUAGGGACAUUUAGUGGCAUAGUCUGGGAGUGGGGAUAAUGGAAUACCUGGGUUUUUGAG